GAUACCGUACACCUAAUUGCAUGGUUCAAAACUGAUUUUCUGUGUUUAUAGAUGCUUUAAAAUGUCAUCUUCAUGCAGAGCAUUUUGUUCUCUUCCAAAAGUUUUCUGAAUUUUCUAUAGUUACAUCAGCCAGAAAUAGAAGUUUCACUUUGGAGACACAUACCUUCAAUAACCUGAAAAAAAUAAUAUUUCCACCACAUUUUCACUUGCAAAAGGGUCAUAUUUUCACACUAUAGCAUGCACUAGCUAUCGGAGAAGAAUUGACGGCAUAUUUUGGAUAGGCACCAUUAGCAUGCAAGCUUCCUUUGCAGUCCUCAUCCAUACACUGAUUCGACACAUUAUCUAGAGGAAGCCUCUGCAAUCUUAGAAAAAUUUGAGUUUUAGUUGUUCUCAACUUGCUUUUAUUGAUCCCAAAGAGAUCGACGUCAGCACUUGAUGUUAGGUUAUUCUCACUUUGGCGCCUAUAUGUAGUUCUCAGACAGACAAUGGGGAAUCCAGAGAGCCAUAGCUCUUCUUCAGCCAUGGCUUCUGGGUGCGUUCCUGACAUCUGGCAGUGGAUCAAAAGACUGCCAGAGCAGUGGAGAGGAGGGUCAUACUCUCUUCAGAUUUGCAACUCUCCAUCCAUGAAUCAAUCUCUGAAUCUUGUGGUCAGCAAGCAUUCUGAAAGCCAACCACUCAACCUGUCUUUCUCCAUUUGCACCGAAUUGCAUGAUCCGAUCUCACUCUGGAGCUCCAAUUAUUCUACACUGAGAUCUGCUCCUACCACGAGUCUCUCUGCCAUUUUCUUGCAUGAUAUCAUAUGUGGGGUUGUCAGGUACGGACCUUACUCUAACAGCCGGUCACUCUUCAGGCUGCCAAAUGUGCAGAUAUCUGAAGACUCCGGCAAGACCUUCAACUUGGCCUUCUUCACUCUUGCAAUCCUGGUCUCCAUCUACGAAGCUCCAUCAAACCUCCGUCAUGAGUUCAUCAAGAAUAUCAGUGCGCAACUGAUGCGUGAUGAGAUGCGGUAUGCAGCCAAGAAGCUGAUGCUCAUGCUGGGGUCCAACGCCGAGGAGCUGUGGAUGCGGUCGGUGAACCUCGGCGUCACCAACUGGACCAUGGAGGGUCUCCGGUCCGGUGACGGAUCACCGUCGCCUUUCACGGUGUUCUCCUACGCUCUUUUUGCGAGCAGGCUGUGGAAGGUCCAGGUGUACUGCCCUGUUGUGGCCAUGAUCAUGGAGCACCCCUCACGUCAGACCAAAGAUGAGAAGCUGCUGUUCUCACUGAACUACCAACAGCUUGAGGGCGUGAUCCAGUUCGUGUACAGAGUCACCAUCAAGGAGAACUGGAUCGACGUCAUCGUCAAAGUCGACAAAUUAAGGUGUGACCUGGUCCAGCUGGUGUCCGAGACUCUGAUGGCGAGGCAGGGGUACGGCUCUGACGAGAAGCACUGCCCCUCGCGCGUGUCCCUGCAGCUCACCCCCAUGGCGCAGCCGGACAUCCUCUCCGUCUCCGUGACGCCGGCGUCCAUCGGCAGCGGCGUCUCCACCCACGAGGCGGUGCACCUGAGGCCCUGGAAGUUCGAGCGCGCGGUGCACGGCAACACGGCGUCGCUGGGCUGGUUCCUCCACGACGGCGCCGGCGGCCGGGAGGUGUUCUCCGGCGAGCCGCGCGGGCUGCGGCUGCCCCGGCCGCGGUCGUGGCUCCGGGACCGGUACACCAGCCCGGGCCGGCCCUCCACGCGGUGCGGCGGGGCGAUCUUCGCCGGCGACGAGUACGGCGAGGGCGUGUGCUGGCGGAUGCGCCCGGCGGCGGCCGGGAAGACCGUGGAGUGGGAGGUGCGGGCGACGGUGUGGGUGACGUACUGGCCCAACAAGAAGCGGACGCCGCCGCUGCACACGGAGACGAGGAUGCUCGAGGUCAGGGAGCUGCUGCAGCUCACCGUAGCAGAGUAGGCAAAACAUUUCAACCAUUUGACUGGGUUGGAUCGAUCAAUAAAGGAGAAGGAAACAACGAGUGAUGGUAGUCUAGGCCGUGAUUUUCUAGCAUCUGAAUUCUGAAAUGUAACUCUAAGAAUGUGCCAAGAUUACAGUUGAAAACCGACUUAUUCAAACAGUGCUGGUUUCCGCAAGGUUUGGAAGUUGAAGACUGAAAAGACUUCCUUUUUGA